AGUUUUUUGUUCUAGCCCAGCGUCGCUGUUGAGCUGGACUGCUCCAAGUUUUGUGGCCGCGCCAGGGCCCUCACAGUCCAGACCCCCGGCAGCCGCGACAUGGGCGGCGGCAAAGGCGGCAAGUGGGGUGGCAUGGGCGGCUGGGGGGACUGGGGCGGCUGGGGUGGCAAGGGUGGCUGGGAGGAUAUGAGCUGGAUGAUGAUGAAGGGCGGCUGGGGCGGCAAGGACAAGGGCGGCUGGGGCAAGGGCAUGGGCGGAUGGGGCAACAAAGGCGGCUGGGGAGGUGGAGGCGGGUACGGCGGGCCAGCCCCAGCAGUCUUCCACGUGACGGUUGGCGCUGACAAUGUGUUAGCGGCCGUCGGUUUCCCAACGACGGCUCCUGCGGUGGUCUGGGUCAAGGAGGCCGAAGUCUUCAGUUCUGCCUCCAACAUUGUCACCGAGCUGUGCGAGGACUGCGAGAUCGAUCACGACCCAGACUGGGAGCAGUACGCGGACGUGGCGCAAGCCUUGAUGGCCGCAGGCGGCCCCGAGGACUGCAUCGGCGUGGCCAAGAGCGCGAGCACGGGCAAGUGGGGCGUGGGCGUCGCCUCGGGCAAGCAGGGGCGCGAGAGGGCUGCCAAGGUCGCUCUGGCCAUGGCCAUCGCAGGGGGCACAGAGCUCAUGGCGGGGCUGUCUCGGAACUACCCGGAGUUUGCUGCCAUGUGCUCGGGCGCGGAGGCGUCCGCAAGCAUGGCCUACCAGGCCCCCGCGGCAGGCAACGGGUACGGUGGUGGACCGCAGCCGAGCUACGAAGCGAACGACGUUCCCCUGGUCCACUGGGUCACGGUGGAGCAGUCCACGCAGUUGCCAGCGAGGGGAUUCCCCCCCACGGCUUACGCAGUCUGCCACGGGGGGAAGCAGCACAACAAGUUCUUUCAGAAUGCCGGCAGCAUCCUAUCCGACAUCAUGGGCGAGACCGUCAAGGACAUAAGCUACCUCGACGACCCAGACUGGGAGACAUUCCCCGAGGUGGCCAGCGCGAUCAAGGCGGCAGGCGGGGAGGACAAUUGCCUGAUGGUCGCCACCUACGAGGCCGCGGGCGUCUGGGCUGUUGGCAUGGCGGGAGGGAAGAAGCCUCGAGAGAACGCCGCCAAGAUGGCGCUCGCCAUGGCCAUGCUCCCGGCUUCGGGGCGGGCGGACGAGCUGAUGGCCACCUACCCCGAGCUGGGCCUGCUGUGCGGCGCGGCCGGCCUCGAGGGCGGCGGCGGGGAGCCGAGCGCCAAGAAGCAGAAGCUCUCCUAGCCAUUUGCGAUUCCAGAUUAACCUCGACACGGCGGCACGCAAUUACUUGGCAGAAUUCUCAUCGCGGAGAA